UUAUCAUAUUAAAUGCAGAUACAUUGUUCGGAGUGGAACACUACAUUCCAAGUUUUUCGGCGGGAUCAUUCGCCGCUUAUGUAAUUAAAUACAAUGUAAUGAACAAAGUUUUGUUCCGAAAUUUUGAAGGGGGAAAUUAUACAGUUACUUCAUGAAAUAGUUUAAAGGCAAACGGAAAAAAUGAACGAAACUGUCGAAAAUACAGGCACGGCAACCGGAAGUCACGUAUAUGACGAUUUAUAUUCCAAUUAUUAUGACGAGGACCAGGGUGCCGGCAAUAUUGAUAACUUUACUGAUGGACUUACCGGUACUACACCCGUGUCCGCCGAUGACGAUUAUUACUAUGGCGGCGAAUAUUACUAUUACGAAUAUGGCUACGACGGGAUGAAGCAUAUAUACUAUUACAAGGGGUUCGAUUUUGAGCGACCUGUCUUUCUGUAUAUCUGGGUAGUUCUGAUAAUUGUGACAACGCUCGCUAACAUUCUGGUGAUGGUUGUCCUUCGGCGGAGGAACAUGCGCAAUGCGACAAAUACAAUUCUUAUAGCUGUCGCUAUCUCGGACUCGCUCACUGGUUUAGUUACACUUCCGGUGACAAUCCAUGCGUACCAGCACUACGAGGAAGGGGAUUUGGCAUUAUCUAAACACUGGUGUGAGGCGUUUCUUCUUAUCAGAUAUUUCAUAAACCGCGGGUUCCAUACGAUGUCAAUAUGGCUGACAGUAGUUCUUGGAUUCCAGAGGUUAAUUUUCAGUCUCGUUUCCAUUUCGCGCGCAAAGGAUAUUCACAAUUCGGAACACGUUGUUCAUUAUCCUUGCUGUGGUGUUUCUUUCGCCAUUUGUACACAUCUAUCAUGCUUUUGAUAAAAAGGCAAUUGAAGCAGAAGAUGGGAACUACUGUGCUUGGAAAGUUGAAGAUCCAUGUAAAGAAUCAUGCGCCUACUUUUGGCUGACAAUUAUUUUGAUGCAUUUUCUUCCUUGUUUAUUGCUAAUAAUCUUCACUGUUGCUAUGGUGAUGAUGAUGCAUGACGCUACGAAGAAAAUGAGGGAUUCGCAAAUGAUUUCAAAUAAAGCAAACCUUCAAAGGCGCAACCAGGAAAGCAAAAGAAUUUCAUGCAUAGUAAUUGCUGUUGUCAUAGUGUUCCUUAUCCCGGAAAUACCCUAC